ACGCUACCCGAAACAACAAGAAGAGAAGGAACAGGGUUCGUCUGCUGCAAAUCCACAAAGUUCAGAGAACGUAAGGCUAGCGCCUUGGCUAUUUCUGGCUAUUGCUGUGGUUCAGACAAAUGAAAACAUUUUGAAGCAUUUCCCUCAUAACUUAGUAGGGAUUCUUCUAGUGGUUGCAUCAGAGGCUGCUACAGGAAAUAUUGAAGGUUAUAUAGCCUUCAUUGACACUAACGGUUGUAAAAGUAACCAAAGACAACCAUCAUGGUAUGUGAUAAGUGCGAGAAGAAGUUAGGAAAAGUGAUCACACCUGAUCCCUGGAAGUCGGGUGCUCGUAAUACCACGGAAGGAGGCGGCCGGAAAAUAGGUGAAAAUAAAGCUCUCACUGCAAGAUCUCGUGCUUCACCAUACACCACUGCAUACAACUGCUGUCGAAUUUGUCGACAGAAAGUUCAUCAGGCAGGGUCGCAUUACUGUCAAGCAUGCGCCUACAAGAAAGCUAUCUGUGCAAUGUGUGGAGUGAAAAUGUUGAACACAAAGAACUACAAACAGUCAUCGGCUUAACAUUCCCGUAUCCAUUAUGCUGUAUCGUUGAUUCAUCCUGACUUAUUUUUGGCCUUUCUGCUUCUUUCAGAAGUAUUUGGUUGUGAGUUGUGAGGUCUGAUAUAAGUAUCUAUAGCUUGGUUUCUUUUCUAUCAAAGACUUAGCACUUGGUUUAGUGUGAACCUAAGUGGUUACAUUAAGGGUCGGUCAAAAAUUCAUUAAGAAAUUCAGAUUUUUUUGUGGUCUGACACAAAGGGUCAUUCACCAUUUAAUUUUGCAGACAAUAAAUGUGUACUUACUAGAGAUGUGAGUACAAUCCAAUUCGCAACAAUGCAGAUUAAGUACAUUGCCCAACAAGUAUCAUCUUAAUUUGCAGUAAGAGACACUAUAUUACGAUCUAACUAUGCCAAAAGUUCGUAGCUCAAUACUGAGAGAUUAAGUAACAUCAAAACCUAUACCUAUCACAAAAUCUCAAUGCAAAAUACAAUGUAAAUAAAAAAUAAAAAUAAAGCCAUUUAAAAACCCAA